CGUCCCUCCGUUUUACGCCUUGCCUCGCCUUGACAGUCGGCAGGAGGCAGCGCGGUCAGUCCAUACUCUGUACCAGAACUGACUGGCCCAUACAUUGGCUUCGUCGGCGACAACCAACGAUCCUUUUUAGUGAUCGUUGUGCCGUGCGCACGUCUCCGCCAGCCGAAGCCACUGCCAGUGGCCCAUCCCAGCUGUUUGACAUCGAAGCAACUGCGACAGCAGCGAGGAGCGGCUUGCAGCCAGCCCGUCGCGACGGACGCAAAGCGACCGAGAGCUCGUCGGCGCCCGAGUCCAACAUCCGCAGUGGACGAUUGACGAGCUGCGCUGCCCUCGAUCAAAGUGUGCCAGCGCCAUCGCAAUCCCUGCCAGCCGCCGCUCGCUAGCCACGAGUAAUAAGCGCCUUCGAUCCGCCGCCGACGACGUGCAUUUUCUCCACGCACAGCCAACCUCAGCCCUUUCUCUCUCCCUGCUCCACGACACCAUCCGCAUCCACCUGUUGGCGCACUUGUCUCGCGACGCUCCCCCCCCCCAAGGCAGCCUUGCCGUCCACCGGUGCCCUCUUUCCCAUCCUUGAGGCACAGGUACCCAGCCAGGCUCCGGCAUCUGCCAGGCUGCCUCAUCCCCAGCAUUCGUUUCCUUGCUGCUGCUGCUGCUGCUGCUUGCCAUUUUACCUAUCCUCUUGCCGCGAGCAGGGACUGCCAGGCACUCACUCACUCGCCUCCCUCGCUGCUCGCUCCCCGGCCCGCUGUGACCUCACCUCGCUUCUGGUCGUUUCCGCUGCGCAUCCACCCGCCGUCUGACUGACGCUUCGGACCUCAUCCGCUCGUCUUACCUCUUGAUAUAUACCCGCAUCGGCUCCUCCUCGUGACGGACGCCAUCAUGGCUUCCGCCUUCGCCCCCGCGCCCGGAUCUCUGAGCAGCCAGGACCUCGACCAACUUGAGGCUCUAGAACCCCGCAAUCUCUCCCCGCCGACCACUGCCCAUCAUCACCCUCACUCCGUCGGACACGCCUCCCUUCCGCUUCACAACAUCGAUUCAGCCUCGCCCACGACCAACCAGUUUGAAACUCCCGCCGGGUCCAUCACCACACCGGGUCAUUACCAGUCGAGCGACUUCAGCGAUCUCGACGAGGACCCCUUCUUCGGCGCCGACUUCAACAACGUCGAGGCCGGCACAACGCCCUCGUUCCUUGACGAUCCGACCGGCUGGAACAAUCCCCCAUUUCUCGCCGACGAGACUGCACUUGGCCAAGCGCAACAUGAAGUUGACCACGGCAGCAGCCUGUAUCCCUUGACCCCAACACGUACGGCCUCCGUUCCCGCCACGUCGCCGCCAGGCGAGCGCAGAGACAUUGCCGUCGCACACUCAAUCGCCCAACGUCUCCCCGACUCCAUCUCUCCACAGCAACUCCAGAACCCAUUCAAGCCGGCCCCGGUCGUCAUUGCAUCAGCCGACUUCACCCCGAGCCAUAGUGGUAGCAACAGGACGAGCGAGGACGGCCUGGCACCUGUCCCUGUCAUAAUGAACCCCCAAAGUCCGAGAGUGACGGUUUCUAUUUGGGACAAGGAUGACAAUGUCCCGGUCCACACUGUGGAGCGCUCCUUUGAGGAUAGUCCCAACACCGCACGAGGCGGCAUUCAUUCUGCCGGCGAUCUCAUCUCAUCCGCCCACGAUGCGCCCUACACACCCGCGCACCGCGACUCUCUGGAUCGGUGGCAUAGCGAUCCGAGUCUACGAAGAGGUGGCCUAGACCCUACGAAUCGUCCCACUGAGGAGGUGCCUAGUAUCGACGAAAUCAUGAAAGGAAGGAGAACAAGUGAACGCAACCAAGAGGUGGGCAAGUGGCUCUCGGAUAAUCUCGACGAUGUUUCUGCGCCGGGAGAGAAGUCUGCAGAGGAAAUUCAAGCAAUCGAUGAGGCGCGCUAUGAUGUCAAUGAUGGGAUUCCUUUCGGCGACACAACGGAGAACCGCUUUGUUCCCGGCCAGACGUACUACAACGAGAGCGGAGGCGGCCAGUUGAAUGACAUCGACCGCGAUAUCAUCGCCGCGAAUCGCAAUUGGGCGGAUGCGCCUACUCUUCACCAGAUCACCAGGGGCUCUCCGGGGCGACACCAGCCACAGUCGUCUCAGGCGGCUAUCGAGAGGUUCGAAAGGCUCUGUCGGGACAACGAUUCCAUCAUCUCUCGAUCAGCAACCUGGGGGACGCGCCGCAGAAGCCAUCCCAGCGUUUUUGAUCUCGAUGUCGAAGGCGUUACAAGCGGAAGCUUCUUAAAGAAGUUGUCGCUGAGUCGGGGCAGCGGUGGCGACAAGAUCAACCGGUCUGGGAGUCUGCUCAAGGAUCUGCGGGGCCUCAUCAGGAGACCCAGUGCCAGUUCCUUGCGUAAGCGCUCCCGCAGUCGCUCGCGUGGCGCGAAGGACGAGGAUCCGCCCCCCCAGCACGAAGCUGAGCCGCAGGUUCAAGGGAAGCGCGACAGCACCCCCCAUUUGUCCCCCCCGUUGAGGACCUCCAGCUGGGGCAAGAAACCGCCUACACCUAGCAUCAAUACUGCGCUCGUCCACAUGGCGCACAACUUUGCCUCAAUCGGAACCACUCAUUCGCGAAGUGGCUCCAUCAGUGGUGCCACGCCCGUGGCCUCGCCCAAGAACAGCCUCACCAGUAGCCUCAGCGUGCGGAAUACCCUCAGCAAACGGCCUCGAAGCAAAUCGGAAGCGCCAAAGCCGACCCCUACGGAGAAUUUGAGUGUAAUCGAAUUAUGGAAGAAGUCUGGGGGGCCACCAGUUGCUGCCUUGGGUAGGGCGAGCCAUGCCAACCCAGAUGACGACGAUGAUGACGAUGAUGACGACUUCUAUGAAGACAGCGACAUGAAAGCAAACCCAAACAUCAUAGACGAUAUCGCGCCCAACUUCGCCGGAUUCCGAGAGCACGUCAUGACACUGAACCCCGGCCUGGGGACCACGCAUGGGUACCUCGUCGACCGCAUCGCGCACCAGCAGAUCAUCAGGUAUAAGCACCUGUUAAAUGCCAAGGUGAAGCACCUGGGCCUCGGUGCGAAUUGUGCGUGUGGGUCUCUCUGCAUGGCGAUGGGAGGCUCUGCCAAUAUCCUGGACUCACGAGGAGACCCGAGAGGGCUCGACCCUUUGUCGACUCGCCUGGACGACCCGGAGGAUGGUACGCCCACAGAGGGCGCCAUCACUCAGGAGAGCUUCCCGCAGGACAUCCCCAUGCCUCCCACUCUGUACCUGCCCGCCGAGUUUGAAUGCCAACUCUGCUACCAGCGCAAGAAGUUCCAGAAGCCGUCGGAUUGGACUAAGCACGUGCAUGAGGACGUACAGCCGUUUACGUGCACCUGGGAUAAGUGCCGUGACCCUAAGAUAUUCAAGCGCAAGGCCGACUGGGUGCGCCACGAGAACGAGGGUCAUCGUCACCUGGAGUGGUGGACGUGCGAUGUUGACGACUGCCGCCACACCUGCUACCGGCGAGACAAUUUUCUACAGCACCUUGUCCGCGAGCACAAGUUCCUGGAGCCCAAGGUCAAGACGAAGGCGGCCAUGAAGAGGGCGGGCGGAAUGGAACCGACGUGGCAGAAGGUGGAACUGUGCCACAUCGAGACGACGACGCGCCCGCAGGAGGAACCGUGCCGAUUCUGCGGCAAGGUGUUCCCGACGUGGAAGAAGCUCACGGUCCACCUUGCCAAGCACAUGGAGCAAAUCUCUCUACCGGUGCUCCGUCUGGUGGCCGCCAAGGCGAAGGAGCUGGCGGCCGAUACGAUCAUUAGCCCGGUCCAGGACCCCCCACCCCGACCCAUGAUUCCAGCGCCAUCAGCUCAGACCUCUCCCGGGAUCGAAUAUCCCGGGACGGCUCAGCAACAACAACAGCAGCAGUUCGCCACAGGUCAUGGCCACAUGGGUUUUGGAAACCAGGGACAGCCGUUUAUGUAUCCGGUGAUGCCGCCGGGCCAGUACCCAGCGCAACAUGCAGCGUAUUACUCGGCUCAGUACGGCAACAUUGGACAGAGCUUGCAGCAGCCUGGGCUGGGCGUUGGUCAUAUGAACCGAGGCUUCGAGGCAAACCAGCGGAUGCAGGGGUUGCCGCAUGGGGCUGUGUCCGAGGCCUUCCCGCAGCAGAAUGCCCAGUACAUGUCGAUCAACGACAACGAGCUCGAGCCUUUCCCGCAGCUGAACGCCUUGGGCCUGCAGAACGUCGGGACGCCGCAGAUGGGCGGGCAGAUGGGCUUUGAUGCCAUUAUGGACCCGUCCAGCGUCAAUGGGAGCCCCUUUAGCGGCCACGAAUCGCUGUCGACGUACUCUCACUCUCCUCACCUGAACGCAGGCGGCGGGGCCCAAAAUGGUAAUGGCGGUGGAGGUGGCGGCGCCCAAGACCAGAAUUGGGACGAGCGGCGGCUGCCGGGGUUCCUCUAAGUGUGCUACUUCCGCUGAGUGGUCGUGGACUGCGUUUUUCGUCAUGUCGGAGUGUCGUGUGCGAAGAGGAAGCGUGUUGGAUUGCCCAAACGGGCGCUUCAAACUUUGUAAGGGGGGGGUUUGCGGGAGUUUGGACGACCUGGUCGUGGAUUCCGCCGCUGAUGACUGUGUGGCGUUGUAUACCCCGUCAGGACCUUUUUUUGCCGACGACUUUUCACUUCUCAUUGACCCGGCUAUAGCCGCCGGGUUUUGUUGGAUAAAAGCCAGCAUUGCUCUUGGAUUGGGAACGGAUAGAUAUUUAUGCUCACGAACAUCAAGACGAAUAUGGACUCGAACAUGGCUCUGCUCCGAAUGCAAAGACGGCGGUGAUUGCCAGAGGUACUACUGUUCCGGAGCAGGGGAAGCGGGAUGGUCAGUAUCGCCUCCCUGGGGCGGUUGGCCCUGGUGGUGAAGACGAGGCGUUGGAUCGGGAGGGAGGCGCGAUGAUGGACCGGACCCUGGUCCUUUAUAGAAUCUACAAACUACAAUCUACGUAUAGAUGCAC